UUAAUUUGUGGACAAUUAUGGGGAGACCAGCAAGAGAUGAAGGGGUACCAGGAAGCCACGGGAAGGGGACUUGGUCCGCCGUCUGCCCUGGAGGCCCUCCCCAGGUGCAUGUGCCCCGCCCCGCUGCCGUGCGAUUGGCCAGGCUGGUCCCCAGACGGGGCAUGUAGGCUGGAGCCGCGGAGCUCGCGGUUCAGUCCUGCGAAGACCCUCCAGACCACACCAGACCCAGACGCCACCAUGGGGGGCCUUGGGCUCUGGCUGCUGUGUUCAGUGUGGCCCCAGGCGAUUGCACUCACCCCAUCCUUGCCACCCGUGGAUCAGUACGAGGUGGUGUGGCCCCAGCGCCUGCCUGGACCCCGCACCCGCCGAGCCCUGCCUUCCCACAGGGGCCUGUACCCUGAGAGUGUGAGCUAUGUCCUUGGGGCCGGAGGACACACCUUCACCCUGCACCUGCGGAAGAACAGGGACCUGCUGGGCACGGACUACACAGAGACCUACUCAGCUGCCAAUGGCUCUGAGGUGACAGAGCAGCGUCGUGGGCAGGACCACUGCCUCUACCAGGGCCAUGUGGAGGGUCACCAGGGCUCCGCUGCCAGCCUCAGCACCUGUGCUGGCCUCAGGGGCUUCUUCCGGGUGGGCUCUGCCAUCCACCUGAUCGAGCCUCUAGAUGGAGGAGGUGAGGAAGGGCAGCAUGCAGUGUACCAGGCCAGGCACCUGCAGCAGAAGGUCGGGACCUGUGGGGUCAGUGAUGCCAGCCUGGACAACCUUCUGGGGCCUCGGGUCUCUGCAGCCUUCAGGCCUCAGCCCCGGAACUGGCCCCUGUCCCGAGACACCCGCUAUGUGGAGCUGUAUGUGGUCACAGACAGCAAAGAGUUCCAGCAGCUGGGGAGCAGAGAGGCCGUGCGCAGUCGGGUGCUAGAGGUGGUGAACCACGUGGACAAGCUUUAUCAGGAGCUCAAUUUCCGUGUGGUGUUAGUGGGUCUGGAGAUCUGGAGCAGGGACAAGGUCCCCAUCAGCCCCCAUGCCAAUGUCACCCUGGAGAACUUCCUCUCCUGGCGGGCACAGGACCUGAUGGUGCGACACCCCCAUGACAAUGUGCAGCUCAUCACGGGAGUCGACUUCACUGGGACCACCGUGGGACUGGCUCGGGUGUCUGCCCUGUGCUCCCAGGCCUCUGGGGCCGUGAACCAGGACCACAGCAAGAACCCCAUUGGCGUGGCGUCCACCAUGGCCCAUGAGUUGGGCCACAACCUGGGCAUGGACCACGACGAGAACGUCCAGGGCUGCUACUGCCCUGUGCCCCAGGAGGGUGGCGGCUGCAUCAUGGCGGCCAGUGUUGGCUCCAAGUUCCCCAGGAUGUUCAGCAGGUGCAGCAGGGCUGACCUGGAGAUGUUCCUGGAGAAACCCCAGACGGGCUGUCUGGCCAAUGCCCCUGACCCUGCCCGGCUGGUGGGUGGCCCCGUGUGUGGGAACCUGUUUGUGGAGCGUGGGGAGCAGUGCGACUGCGGCACCCCCCAGGGCUGCCAGAACCAUUGCUGCAAUGCCACGACGUGCCAGCUGGCUGAGGGGGCCCAAUGUGCCCACGGCGCCUGCUGCCAUGAGUGCAGGGUGAGGCCAGCUGGUGAGCUGUGCCGCCCCCGGAAGGACCAGUGUGACCUGGAGGAGUUCUGCGAUGGCCAGGGUCCGGCGUGCCCAGAGGACGUCUUCCAGGAGAACGGCACGCCCUGCCCAGGGGGCUACUGCUUUGAUGGGAGCUGCCCCACACUGGCCCAGCGGUGCCAGGAACUAUGGGGGCCAGGUGCGCAGGUUGCCGCAGACACCUGCUUCUCCUUCAGCAUCUCUCCAGGCUGCAGAGACAGGACCACCUCCAGCAUGCGCAGGGCCAACAGAUGUGGCAUCCUGUACUGUGCAGGAGGGCGGAAGCCCCCAGAGCGCAGCUCCUGUACACUCACCUCCUCCUCGCACACUUGCCAAGCUCUGCGUAUGGACAGCGAGACCUCUGCCUACGAGCCUGUGCCUGCGGGCACCAGGUGUGAGGAGGGGAAGGUGAGCUGGGCAGUCAGACCCCGCGGGCAGCCCAGCACGUGUCCCACAGGCCCUCCACCCUCAUGUCAGCUGGCACAGCAUAUUUGCUGGGAAGGGCGCUGCCAAGACCUCCAGGUGUACAGAUCCGAGAACUGCUCCGCCCAGUGCCACAACCAUGGGGUGUGCAACCACAAGAGGCAGUGCCACUGCCGUGCGGGCUGGGCCCCGCCCUACUGUGCACAGCUGCUGGCAGGUGUGCAUGCAGCAUCUGGGAGCCUCCUGGUCAGUGUGCUGGUGCCGCUGGUGCUCCUGGUGGCUGUGGUAGCCUCCCUGGCAGGCAUCAUCAUGUACCGCAAGGCCUGGAGCCGUGUCCCCAGGAGGAGCGUGGCACCCAAGACCGCCAUGGGGCUCUCCAACCCCCUGUUCCAGGAGGCAGGCAGCAGCGGGCCACCCAAGGGCAGGGCUCCUGGGCCCCCAGAGCUGGCAUCUACCACACACCCCAGACAGCCUGUCAGAGCCACUGUGGCCCCAAAGAGGCUGCCCCCUGCUCCUCCUGCCAUGUCCAGUGCACCCUUUCCAGUCCCCGUCUACACCCCGCAGGCAGCAGACCAGUUCAGACCUGCUCCGCCCACCAAGCCCCUUCCAAAGCAGAAACCCAAGCAGCCUGUCAAGCCAACCUCUGCACCCCCAUUGCCACCUGUCAAGCCCAGUGCUGGAGGGACCACACCUGGAAUGCCUCAGGGGGUCAAGGGCCCCAAGGUCGCGCUGAAGCCCCCGGUCCGGAGGUGACAAGGGUGCCCGCCCAGCGUCCAGUCACUGCACACUUCCGGAGAGAACGCCCGGAGGAGAGGCACUCGGGAACCGUGCGCUCGUCCCGGGCUGACCGCCUGGGCCCCCGCGGGCCUGGCUGGAGGCUCCGCUCCUCCGCGCGGACC